CGACGCUCGCUCCAUGCGGCUGUAGCCUGCAGAGCCACAAAUCGACGACGAUACCUCCCACCGCGAAUCUCCACCACAGCACCACCAUCACUACGCUCUCCCGAAUCCGAGGCCACCACUAUCGAGACCAGCCCUCGAUUCUUGCGGGAGCGGUGUGCAACCGCCGGAUUGCAGCUACGCGUCUUCCCCUCCAUCGUUUGAACUAGCACCCGCUUUCAUCCCCCCUCGAAUCGUUCGUCUCUUCAGGAGUGGAUUGCUGCAACCAUGGACUACGCGAGAACCCCCGCAACGCCUGCCGCCCCCGGCCAGCAAGCUGCUGUCACGAAAGCCCAGCAGUUUGAGGACGAGAAGCGAAGAAUCGUACAGUCCUGCUUCAGCAGACAGGACGCCGAUGGCUCCACCCUCGAGGAUUACAUCACCCAUUGCCGAGUCCUCGAAGAUGGCUCGUCGUCUGAGCCGCCGCCGCCCGGCGCGCCGAUGGGAAACGGCAAGGCCCGAGUCAUCAUGGUCGCCGUCCGUAAGUCCGGCCGGGUGCGAAUGCAUAAGGGCCGCGAAAACCCCAAUGGCUCGUUCUCGAUCGGAAAGACGUGGAAUCUCGAUGACCUCCAGUGCAUCACGACGUAUCCUGCGCCCAAUGAGAAGGGGUUCACGGUCACGAUCCUGAAGGCGUAUUACUGGCAGGCGAACACGGCUAAGGAGAAGGACUUUUUCAUCUACUCACUGGUCAAGAUCUACAAGAAAUACACGGGUGGAAAGGUGCCAGAGCUACUUGGCCCCAGGAAGGCAGAGCUGGAUGCGUUGAUGGGCCCCGGUGGUGCGGAAUUGCUGCCGCAGGAGGAAAUGAGGAGCCCCGUUGCCUCGACUGGAGGUUCGCUGUUGGCAUCAGCGCCGUCGUCGCUGCCGCCGUCGUUACAAGCCACCCCGCGAAAUGCCCCGUCGAUGGAAUCCCUGAAUAAACCGUCGCGCAUACAGCCAUAUGCUGGACAAAGAGUACCGGGCGAGAAACCGCCGCCCUCUCCGAGUACAAUGCGGCCGCCGGGAUCCUCGAGUGGACUCUCUGGUCGUAGGACUCCCGUGGAUACUGCACCUUCAAGACAUACCCCUCCUCCAGUGCCACAAGUGGUGCCGCAAGCUUUGAAUGGAAGGCGGCCAUCAGAUGGGUCUUCAACGAGGUCUGGACAGAGUAGGACUCCUUCAAGCUCACGGGGUCCACCGCCGUCCGAGGACGAUCGAUCGAUGAGGCGGGCUCCCUCGCAGGAGAGGUACAGGACGGCAUCCAUCAACAGCCAACAGUCGCAAGAAUCACGACGAGAAGCAAUGGAACAGUAUCCUCCCUACCAGAAUAACAAAAUGCCGGGUCCCUCACCGACACCCCCACCCCAAGAGAGCCAUUCAAUGCCAAAACCGAAGGCCAAUAAAGACGCCGCGUCCCACUUCCGACUGGCUGCCAAUGCCUAUGGCUUGAGCAGCCAGCUUGGAACACCUAAGGCCCGCCCAAAAACACCUACCACGCCUACUACUUACACGAGCCAACUCACGAAAGAGCCGUUAAGCAUGUCACCAGAAGCACCCCCAGUCAUGCCACAGAUCAAGUACCCACAGGAACGCAACCCUUCAGGGGACCAGUCGAACGGAAGUAGGAGCAGAAGUAGGAGUGGUUCUAGGCGGCCAUCGGGAGAUGAACCACAGCAGCGUUCUCGGUCUCGGCCAUCAAGGGAACAACAACCAUCCCCGGCGCCCGCAGAAAUACCACCAUUAGUUCCAAGAGAGCCCUCUUCUAAGAAUGACAUACGGGGUAGGCCACCUCCCUCGAGGGAAAACAGUCAGUCUUCGCUGUCGCAACAAGCUUCCUUGGCUUCCGCACUCAGGGGCGUCCCCGUCAUCACGGAACCCGCCUUGAUGAUCAGAAAGCCAACAUUUCCUCUGGCCACACCGACUAUAUCGCCGCCUGCAGGCGAACAAACAAUAGAAGUGCCCGCGGAGAAACCAUCAGUACCGGACUCGGGCUCACUGAUGGCGCCCAAGGGACCGAUUCGGGCGCGCUCACGAAGCCGGAAGCGCCGGUCUGAUAAGUCGUCAUACCUCCACGGCAUCGACAAGAGCGGGAUGAGCGUAGACAUUGAGGAGCUCCUGCAGGAAUUCAACUGGGAUGCGAAGGGGAAGAUCGAUCAGCUGAAGGCGGACGUAAGGAAGGAGCUGUCGCGAGUGGAGUCGAACAAUGUCAUCAUCAACGUUGAUGGCGAUGAUAGGGUCGACCAGUUGUCGGUUCUGCUUGAUCAGGCGAUUAAGGAGUGUGAAGAGAUGGAUGGGCUGCUGACGCUCUAUGCCGUUGAGCUGACGAGUCUCAAUGAUGACAUCACGCAUAUCGAGAACCAAUCUCAGGGUCUUCAACUGCAGACUGCAAAUCAGAAGACGUUGCAGAAGGAACUACAAACGCUACUAGACACCAUCUCGAUAUCGCCCGCACAGAUGGAAAUCCUGCGGAAGGGAUCGAUGGAUGCCCCGAGAGGCUUGGAACAGAUCGAGCAGACAUUGGUAUCCCUUUACAAAGCCAUGCGGACGAUAGAACCCACUAGUACGCACGACCCAUCCUCACCUCGCAUUGGCCGACGGGGCUCCUUCAGCGACGAAGGUGUGGGCAGCAUGCGGGCCUUGCAGGAAAGGAAGGAAGAGUACCGCAACAGCUGCCGCGCAUUCCUUGCACGCCUACGACAGUUCCUCAAUAACAAAUUCCAAUCGGAGCUCACGGAUAUCAAGAGGGAUGCCCAGAUCGGUCAGGUAAACUCGGGGCUGCACCCCAGGAUGAUCGGGCACGACAAGGCGUACCAGGCCAUGUGGAAAUUCGCAGGGCUGAUUACGUUCGCGCGAGACGUCGACGGCGACGAAUAUGUUGAGUUGCGGAAGCUGUACGGAAAGAUGGCGAAGUCGUUGAUGAUGGAGGAAAUCCGAGAGCAAAUCGGUGCUUGGAAGAAGAUCUCCAAGAAACCGACCCAGGAGGAGCAAGACCUCAUCUUCAACGCACCGGAGAAGGAAGAGAGUGUGACUGCCAGUUUGGGAGCUAGGAAGCUCACGGUCAAGAAAUCGAUUGCUCGCAUUCGAACUGGUGGAGGAAGUUUCAGUAGCAAUGAGAGGCCUUCACCCGGUAUCAUCGCCUCCAAUGCGGCGUUUGCAGGGGCAUUUGGAGAGAUAUAUCAGCUCGUGUUCAAGGAGCAGAAUUUUGUGGUCGAAUUCUUCCACUUGUCUUCUCGGAACUCCUCGGACUUCGUCGAGUUCGUGACCAGAGGCCCGCCCGAGACACGCCGGCUCAACGACCUGGGAGGACUCCGCACUGUCGAGCCGGAUAAGCUCAAGGCAAAGGUCAUCUACGAGUACAUGGGCGAGCUCUUUUCGUUCCUACUACAGGACCUCCAGAAUAUGGUCGAUUGGGCCACACUGGGAGAUGCCACCCAGGGAGUCGGCAUCAUGUAUGCCGUCGAGCAAAAGAUUGCGACCGUUGACGAAACCGACCAGGAGUUUCUUGCGAAGAUGCUUCAGACACUCCAUGAUCGUCUUGCGGGACUGUUUGCACGAUUCUUGGACGAGCAGGUUAAGGCUAUUGAGGAUACGAAGGUCAAGAUCAAGAAGAGGAAGGGUGUCAUCCAAUUUAUGCGUGUAUUCCCGGGCUUUGCGGCUAGAAUCGAGGAGCAGAUCCCGUACAAUAAGACAAUUGUCGAGUCCGACGAUCUCAGUAUCCGCGAAAUGGUCAAUGAGGGGUACAUCAAGAUCAACAAAGCUAUGUUCGAAUCGCUGCAAGCGAUUGCCAAAGAGUCUCCAGCAGUGGCGAGUCAGAACGUCGACCCCGAGGACAAGGAGCAGCUCAACUACCACAUCAUGAUGAUCGAGAACAUGCAUCACUACCUUGAGGAAGUUGAUACUAAGGGCAACGAGGUCCUUGAGGGCUUCCGUAAGAAAGCCGAUGAGGAGUAUCGUGAGCACAUGGGCUUGUACAUUGGCGCCGUUAUUCGCCGGCCACUGGCAAAGCUUUUGGACUUUGUCGAGAAUGUCGAAGCGCUCAUAGCAUCCGGUACGUCAGCGGAAGACAUCGCGGGUAGAAGUGCGCACAACAAGGCCGCCUUCAAGAAAGUCCUCGAGCACCAUGCCGAGAGCAAGGAUAUCCGCAAGGGUAUCGAGCAGCUCAAGAAGCGUGUUGACAAGCACUUUGGCGAUGGCGACGAGUCAGCACUGAGCCAGAAGCUCGUCGACAAGAUCCUACUCAGGCUCGAGGACGAGUUCAUCAAUGUCCACAAGCGCAUCAUGCUGUUGCUUGUAGGACCGUACAAGGAGUCUGGAUUGGAAUGUGAGUUUAAAGUUAAUGAUGUGAAGGUUGCGUUUAAGAAGUAGUUAGAGGGGAGAAGGAUAGGUGUCAACUGUACAAGUUCACGUUCGCUCGAGGUGUUUUUGUCGAUGUUAGGUUCUUUUCUUUCUUUCUUUCUUGCAAGCGUGGGAUUUGGCUGCAUGUUAUUUUUUGGUUUUGGGUUCGGUGCUGUGCUGGAUGAAUAUGCGGGGGUUGUAGGUAUGAAAUGAAUGGUGCAUACAGUUUCGAG